AAAUUUUCAGUGUUUACGAAUCGUAAUGAUUUUAUUAUUGAUCGAUUAUUAUUAGUUUAGUUUUGGGUAUCCGUCUUCUCAAACCCUCCUCGUCUGCGCUCCGCCCCUGUCCUGCCUCUCAACUUCCGUAAACCCUUUCUUCUCCUAUAGUUUCUCCUCCCCAUCAAUGCAUAGUACGUUCAGUCCAGUUAUGAAUUCUCCAGCCCUGCCUCAAAAUAGCUGCCUCAUAUCCGUUCCAUCAUAUCUUCCCACCGCAGCAAAAUCCCAAUAUCUCUCACUCGCUUCACGGCCUAGUAAGCUCCACCUCUCUUGCUCCCCGCUCUCUUCACCUCUGUCCUUCAGGAGGGUCCAACCCAAACCCCAUCUUCGAUCUCUGAUUUCUGCCAUAGCUUCGCAACAAGAAGAGGACAACGCCAUCCUUCUCGACGAGCAGGACCCAGACGAAGACGAAGAUUUUAUUGAAGCUUUCAAUUCGGAGGGAGAGGGUGAAGAAGACGGGAUUCUUGAGGCCAGUGGAGAUGCUGGAGAGAGUGACGAUAUGUUUGGUGAAGAUGCGGGUGGGUGUGCAGAACCGCCUGAGGAUGCAAAACUAUUUGUCGGGAAUUUGCCUUUUGCCGUAGAUCAUGAAAGCUUGGCUAGGAUUUUCCAACAGGCUGGGACCGUUGAGAUUGCUGAGGUUGUUUAUAACAGGGAUACUGAGCAGAGUAGAGGGUUCGGGUUUGUGACAAUGAGUACUAUUGAAGAAGCUGACAAAGCAGUUCAGUUGUUCAAUCGUUAUGAGUUAAAUGGAAGACCCUUGAUAGUCAACAAGGCCGCUCCAAGAGGAACAAGGCCAGAACGUCCCUUUGAACCUUUUUACAAAGUGUAUGUUGGGAACAUUCCAUGGAGUAUGGACGAAUCAGGCCUUGAGCAAAUGUUCAGCUCACAUGGCAGAGUCAUUAGUGCGCGUGUUAUUCGUGACAGAGAUAAUGGCCGUUCCAGAGGCUUUGGCUUUGUGACUCUGUCAAGCGAGGCUGAAAUGAAUGAUGCCAUUGCAAAUCUUGAUGGCAAGAAUCUUGAAGGGAGGGCAAUCAGAGUCAACGUGGCUGAAGAGAGACAACGACGCAGCUAUUAAAUGUUUAUCAAAACUGGGAUCCCGAUAGCAACAAGCAAGUUCCAUUUGGCUAAUCUUUGGAUCUUUGAUGUGGUCAAGAAAGAUAUCUUGUAGUUUCCCGUUUGUGCAUUUAUCAGUUUUGAUUUUUGAUUGUGAACUUUUAUAUGGUGUAGUUACAACAAAGUGUGUUUCCAUGAUGUACUUUAAUUAAUGUUCAAAGUGGUGUACCUUUGUGGCAGCGUUUUUUUAGUUUGUUUAAUCUCGUUUUGAACCAUAUUUAUGCAUCAUUAUCGCAUUUAUAAUACGUAAUAGGUUAGUACUUAUCAAUAAAGUUAGAAAAAAAAUAUCUUG